CAGACUCUCAGUGCCUGCCCCGCAGAAUUUUCUCUCAUUUCGAGUUUGUCUCCUGCAGACCCACAGCAAUAAUGUCGUCGACCACCCGACCAAUCGUGUUCAUGGAUAUAAACAUUGGAGAGACCCCAGCGGGUCGUCUGAAGAUGGAGCUUUUCAGCGACAUUGUGCCGAAGACUGCAGAGAACUUUAGGCAAUUGUGCACUGGGGAGUACAGAGUAAACUCUCGGCCACAAGGUUACAAAGGUGCGACGUUCCACAGAGUUGUCCCAAAUUUCAUGUGUCAAGGCGGUGACUUUAUCAAGGGCGAUGGCACUGGGUCGUUCUCCAUUUACGGUGACAAGUUCCCUGACGAGAACUUCCAGGAAAAGCACACCGGUCCUGGGCUUCUGUCCAUGGCAAAUUCAGGCCCGAACACGAAUGGCUGCCAGUUCUUCAUCACAACAGCCAAGUGCGAUUUCCUCGACGGGAAGCAUGUCGUCUUUGGCAGAGUGAUUGAUGGAAUGCUCACACUAAGAAAGAUUGAGAACGUGCCCACGGGCCCGAACAAUAGGCCGAAGCUGGCCGUGAAAAUAGUAGAAUGUGGCGAGAUGUAAUGUUGCUGUGUAUUAUAGACAUGACUUCGGAUCGUCUUCCGUUGUAACAAAGAGACAUGAUGUUUUGUUUAGCUCAAUGCCCGCUUGAACCGUCC